AUGUCUACUGAACAAGAAGCAAUUUCUUACGCCGCCGUAAUCUUGGCUGACGCCGAGUUGGAGAUGUCUGCCGACAACUUAAUGAAGUUGACCGAUGCCGCUGGCCUCGAACUGGACCACAUCUGGGGUUCUAUCUAUGCCAGAGCUUUGGAGGGCCAUGACUUGCAAAAAAUGUUGGCUAAUUUCACUAUUCCAUCUGGUGCUGCUGUUGGUGGUGCUGCCCCAUCUGGCACUGCCUCUGGAGCUGCUGCCGCUGCUGGUGGUGACGAGGAAAAGGAGGAUGAGUCUGCUGAGGAGGAGGAGUCUGACGAUGACAUGGGUAUGGGCUUGUUCGACUAA